CUGCCCCUGGUAGCGCUCACGCGCCAUAGUGGCUGCGGCCGCGCGCGCUGUGAGGGAGGACGGGGAGUCUGUGCUGGAGCACGAGCGGGCAGCGGCAGGAGCUGCCUCGGCUUUCUGGGCACUCCCCCCUCAGCCGACUAGCCGAACCUGAGUCUGUAGAUGGGGCAGAGCUGUGCCCGCCGAGGAGGAGCCGGGGCCAGCCGCAGCAAUGCAGCAAGUUUUGGAUAAUCUUACUGAUCUGCCCACAUCAACAGGAGCUGAAGAAAUAGACCUUAUUUUCCUCAAAGGAAUUAUGGAGAACCCUAUUGUAAGAUCACUUGCUAAGGCUCAUGAGCGACUGGAAGAUUCUAAACUUGAGGCUGUCAGUGACAACAACCUGGAGCUAGUGAAUGAAAUUCUUGAAGACAUCAGUCCUUUAAUAAACAAAGAUGAAAGUAUUGCAGAAUUAGUUGGUAUACUCAAGGAUCCUCAUUUUCAGUCACUCUUGGAAGCCCAUGAUAUUGUGGCAUCAAAGUGUUAUGAUUCCCCUCCUUCUAGCCCAGAAAUUAAUAAUUCUUCAAUGAACAACCAGGUAGUACCAGUAGAUGCCAUUCGUAUACUUGGCAUUCACAAACGAGCAGGGGAGCCACUGGGUGUUACAUUUAGGGUUGAGAAUAAUGAUCUAGUAAUAGCACGAAUCUUGCAUGGCGGAAUGAUAGAUCGACAAGGUCUUCUGCAUGUGGGUGACAUCAUUAAAGAGGUGAAUGGCCAUGAAGUUGGAAACAAUCCAAAAGAGCUACAAGAACUACUGAAAAAUAUUAGUGGCAGUGUCACUCUGAAAAUUCUUCCCAGCUAUAGAGACACUGUUAUUCCUCAACAGGUAUUUGUGAAGUGUCAUUUUGAUUAUAAUCCAUACAAUGACAACCUGAUCCCAUGCAAAGAAGCAGGUUUGAAAUUUUCUAAAGGAGAAAUUCUUCAAAUCGUAAACCGUGAAGACUCAAAUUGGUGGCAGGCUAGCCAUGUCAAAGAAGGAGGAAGUGCUGGUCUUAUACCUAGCCAGUUCCUGGAAGAGAAGCGGAAGGCAUUUGUUAGGAGGGACUGGGAUAAUUCGGGGCCCUUUUGUGGAACAAUAAGUAGCAAAAAAAAGAAAAAGAUGAUGUACCUCACAACUAGAAAUGCAGAAUUUGAUCGUCAUGAAAUCCAGAUAUAUGAGGAGGUAGCCAAAAUGCCUCCUUUUCAGAGGAAGACAUUGGUCUUAAUAGGGGCCCAGGGAGUGGGUCGAAGAAGCUUGAAAAACAGAUUUAUAGUAUUGAAUCCUAUUAGGUUUGGAACUACAGUGCCAUUUACUUCACGAAAGCCAAGGGAUGAUGAAAAAGAUGGGCAAGCAUACAGAUUUGUGUCACGAGCUGAAAUGGAAGCAGAUAUUAAAGCUGGCAGAUACUUAGAACAUGGAGAGUAUGAAGGAAACCUUUAUGGUACCAAAAUAGAUUCCAUCCUUGAAGUGGUUCAGACUGGAAGGACAUGCAUCUUGGAUGUGAACCCACAGGCCUUGAAAGUAUUGAGAACUUCAGAGUUUAUGCCCUAUGUAGUGUUUAUUGCUGCUCCAGAGUUAGAGACUCUGCGUGGUAUGCACAAGGCUGUGGUGGAUGCUGGAAUUACAACCAAACUUCUAACAGACACUGAUUUGAAAAAAACAGUUGAUGAAAGUGCACGGAUUCAGAGAGCAUACAACCACUAUUUUGAUCUCAUCAUUGUAAAUGACAAUCUAGACAAAGCCUUUGAGAAGCUACAGACUGCUAUAGAGAAAUUGAGGUUGGAGCAACAAUGGGUCCCAAUUAGUUGGGUAUACUGACAGAUUAUUGAAGAUGGACUUAGCUAACAAAUGAAAUUAGCUGCAACAAACAUUCUUGGAAGACAUUCUGUGGAAAUGGAAGAUACCUGCAGCACCCUUGCAUUUUUACUCUAUGUAUAUUCAGAUGAUAGUACACUAUUCUGAGUUUUUAUAUAACACAUUGAAGGAAAAGUGUACUUAAAUAUGUAAUUUAUUUUAAUUUUUCUAACUUUUUACAGAUAACCUUUCUAUUCAUGUCACAUGAAGGAAAUGCGUUGAAGCAUUUUUAUAUGUUUUAAUUUAGUACCUUUGCCUUUUUCAUCUAAACUUUCAAGACAUUCACUUUAGCAUUUACAUUUUGGUCUUACAUUUUCACUGUGAUAAGGAAGGAUACUUGAAACAAUUUUUGUAAAACUCUUGUUCAAGUUAGUGUUCAUCUGGUCAAAGGUCAGUUGUUAUUAGGAAAAAACACUAAUUCUUUUCCUAAUAGGCACCUUUAAAUUAUUUUUUUAUGGGAGCAGAAUAUUAAAUAUUAAAGCAGCAACCAGCACUGCUUUGCUACAUUGCUCUGACAUUUUUCUGCUCAAUGUUUAUACACUUUUGCAGUUUCAUGGUUUCUUGUUGUCUAUUUUGAUUUAGACAGAUGUACUGUAGACUUCCCCUCUGUGUACCGUUAAAAAACAAUGAUGUAAAACAAUAUCUUGCACGCUACUUAUUAGGCUGUUCUUGGGAGCCAACCUUCUAGCCCAUUACAGUUGAGGUACUGAUGUCAGAAAGGUUGUAUGUAAUGUAAGUCGUUGUAGUUAGGAUCAUAGUGAAGUAGCUGAGAAGAGAGCCUUAUACUGCAGAGCCUUACAAUGAGGCUUGGUGCGUAGGACUAUUUAUUCACACUUGUGAAAACACAUGGCUAAAAAAACCUGCUUUUUUAUUGAGACAUUGUUCGGUAUUUGUAUAUUGAUCUGUGAAUUGAGUUCCUGUGAUAUUUAGCUGGCUCUUAUUUUACAUUUUGGAAUAUUGUGAGUGAUCAGCUGUUGUGUUUAUGAAAUGUGAUGUGAUGAGAUUUUUGUGCUAUUUGUUAUAUUGUGUUUAAACUGCAUUCUUCUUUGGAUAGCUUGUGAAAUUAGAAAGUUGUUGUCAGAUGCUAAAAAUCAAUGUUAUUUAUAUUUUGUUUUUUAACAGGAUUUUUUUGUUUCGUGAUGAAAUAAUUCUCCAUUCAGUAGACUCACUGGCAUAAUUCCUGUUAUCUCCAAAUUCAUAUUGAUUCAUAUUUCCAAGGCUUUUACUAAUAUAAAUUCUCCUUAACAAGUAUAAAAUGAAAACACAAAUUGUCACUAAGACAAACUUUUGUGACCAUAUUUUAUAUUACACUAGCUCUUGUAUAUAGUCACAUUUCUUCAUCAGUUACCAGCUUUAUGACCCUAAAUUACAGUCAUCUGUCCACUUAAUUUAUUUUCUCUCUGGUGACAGGCACCUGUCUUCUGAAGUUUUUUCCAUGCCAAAGCAUAUUACACAGAAUGCCAACAAAAAGAGGACUUCUGCUGAAUUCUCUUUCUGAUGAAAAACCCAAAAGAGUAGAUACACUGUAAAAACAAUAGUGUGCCCUUGGGCUUCUAAAGUUUUUUGAUUACGUGCACAAGAAAACAGGGUUCAGGUAGUUUUAUGUAGUUACUUUAUACAAAGAAACCGUGAGUCUCAAAAGAUAUAGACAAUCAAAAAAAACCCUAAAAUAUUUUUCAAAGAUUCCAGUAUAUUUUGUAAAUGUUAUACAAAAUCUUGCAUAGCCUCAGUCGUCUCUGUGGCUCUUGGUAUUGAGAUUUCAGUUUUUUAAAGUGAGUCUGAAACUUUUAAGGAAAACUUGUAUCACUACUUUGUUUUUAUUCUGUUAAAUUCUGCAUCAUAUAUAUGGGUUUGUUUCUUUUUUCUUUUUAAAAGUUUGGUAGAUUUCAUAAUAUGUGGUGCCAGCAUGACACUUUUUUCUGUUUGGUAUUCUCAGGAGACUAGGUUCUAUGAUGCUACUGCUCUAAAGGUACUUUGAGGAAUAGAUCUAUUGUUGCCAACAAAUAGCAGAACCUAUGCUUGAAUAUUUUAAAGAUUCAAUCUUGGUACUAUAGGACUUUAUAGCUAUGAUUGAUCUAUCAGUGUCCUUGUUGUACACUAUGUAAUCGGAGAUAAACGUGUACUGUAUGUGGGAAACGUUAUCUAGACAGACACUACGCCUUUCAUUAUGAGUUAUAAAUGACUAACUCCUGAACUGUGAUGCCAAAAGUGGGUUGAGCUAGCUCCUCCCUAGUGAGUGACAUUAGAAGAUUUUACUUUCCACACUGUAGUGCCGUAUAUUGCAAAUUUCACUUACUCUGCAGCUUUGUAAGAGCGUAUUUCGCCAAAUGGAAAUGUAGGCACCAAGGUCUAGUCAGAAAACUACUGUACUACUUCCAGUACCAUCAUAGAAAUAGGACUGUCAAAAGGGACAGUGUGGUGGUGGUUUGUGCUGGGGCCUAAGCCCUCCUGUGUUCAGUAGCAUGCAAAAUGUGAAAUUGAUCACACUGGAGCCUAUCAUAAGUGCCAUCAGGCCUGCUGUAUCCUUUUAGGUAUUUAAUGUAGAAGCAGCUGGGGAGUGUGAUUCUGGGACUCCUUCACAGGAAGGAUUGUCUGACAGGAUGUAUAUAAGAACCUAGUGUAUCAAAACCUUUAUGGGGAUUAUCUGGAUCUCUACACUUAAGGUGGUAAGCAAAAAAAAUUCUUUACCAGACUUUUUUACCAAAUCUUUCAAAUUUAGUGAAGUAUGCUUUCCUCAUUGAGGACCAGGUUAGCUAUAUAAACACACCUGCUUUGGAUUUAAAACAACUGUUCAGAAAACAUUGAAACUUUUCUUUAAACUAUAAAAAAUAGGUUUUCAGCGCAUAUGGUCACUCAAAUUGCUGAAUUUUUUUCUUUUACUCUUUUUAAAAAAAAGUCUUCUAGUCUGACAGCAAUAAGAAUUUUGAAUUCAAACUAACCUCUUAGAGAGGUUGCCAUUCACCAGAGGGUUAGAGAAUGAAGAUGCAAUUUCCACCAUAACUACGGUGAUAGCUUCAUCUCAUAAUACAUAUUGGUAGAAAGGGUGGUAGGCUAGAACAGUGGUUCUCAACCUUUCCAGACUGUUAUACCUCUUUCAGGAGUCUGAUUUGUCUUGCGUGCCUCAAAUUUCACCUCACUUAAACUACUUGCCUACAAAAUCAGACAUAAAACAAAAGUGUCACAGCACACUAUUACUGAAAAAUUCUUACUUUCUCAUUUUUACCAUAUAAUUAUAAAAUAAAUGGAUUGGAAUAUAAAUAUUGAUUGUACUUACAUUUCCGUGUGAUACUUGAUCCUUGUCAUUCUGGGAGGCAGUGAAGCAACAGCAACAAUUAAGUUUUUCUCCACAUUGAGUCUAUUCCUACUCUUUGUCUUGAUGGGAGUCAUAACAGAAAAUGAGACUUCACAAAAAUGUUUACCCAAAAGGUAACCGAACAUCCAAACCAUGGUUCCCAAGGUCACUGUACUCUUUCCACUCUAACCCAGUUCUGGUGUUUAGUACAGAGUCUUUAAACUUCAUUUGCUGACCUUGGUCUUAGAAUGGCUCAAGAAGAUUUUUUUGCCGACUGGCAGAGAGGUUACUGCUGUUAACAUCUGACAAAAUUGAUGUUUGAAUGGGUUUCUUACCCAGUCGAGUUAAGCUAAGUUGUGUUGAAUGUUGGGGCAAUAUUGUUACCCUAAAAUUUUAGACACCAAUUAUGUCACCUACAAUGGCACUUCUAAUUUCUUGAAAGGGUAACCAGGUUUGUGGUCUGCCCUAAAGGAAUUGCCAGGGUGUUACCAGGGGACUUGUCUCUGCCCCACAGAGGACUCCCCAGGGCAAGCUAGUCUUGCUACUCCCUAAAAAGACACGGAUACAGCCUUCCUCUCAAGGAUCGACACAUAAGCAGUAAUUCUUCGAAAAUGAAAUAAUUGUUUAUUUAAAAGAUAAGUAGUUACCAUGUAUUUAAUGAAGCAAGAAAGAAUAACAUAGAAUAUAGUAAAAAUGCAAUAAAAUUACAUUUAAAACAUCGUAAUUAAAGCAGUGCAAUUAAAUAAGACAGACUGCUUACAGUAUUUACACACACAAAGAAUACAGGUUUCAGAGUAGCAGCUGUGUUAGUCUGUAUCUGCAAAAAGAACAGGAGUACUUGUGGCACCUUAGAGAAUAACAAAUUUAUUUCAGCAUGAGCUUUCGUGAGCUACAGCUCACUUCUUUGGAUGCACAGAAUGGAACACACAGACAGGAGAUAUUUAUACAUACAUACCUUUUCAUGUUCUCUGUAUGUAUAAAUAUCUCCUGUCUGUGUGUUCCAUUCUGUGCAUCCAAAGAAGUGAGCUGUAGCUCACGAAAGCUCAUGCUGAAAUAAAUUUGUUAGUCUCUAAGGUGCCACAAGUACUCCUGUUCUUUUUACAAAGAAUACAGCACCUUCAGUGUAACGUAUAUAAAGAUCCCACAUACACAAAGGUUUUUAGUCUUAGUGUUACAGUCUAAUCCUGUACUUAAUAUAAGAUAUGCAGUCUCUAUAUACAUAUAUAAGAAAUCAUUGUCACAACAUUUAACAUAAAAUCUUUACUUAACAUUUAACAUCCUGUAAGCACUGGCCAAGUGAUUACAAGAGGGGAAGGGAAGAUCUCACUCAAGACACAGGCAUCCAGCUUUAUUUACAGACAAACCCAUACACUCUUAAAUAUUAGAUAAAAAAGAUCAGACUUAUCACUUCUUAUUAAAAAUUUCCCUGUGAUUCGUCCAUUGGUCCCUCUGAUUUGUCUGAAUUUAGAGAGCACAGUUUUCACAGCGUGCAGUUUCCCUGCUCAGUCGGGCCACGGAUGCAGUGGUGGCUGCUGCUUGUUCGUUGCUGCUGGCAGGCAGUUGCUUGUUGCUAUGGCAACCUUGGAAUUCUGCUAUUGUAGCUGCUUUUCAGGUAGCUGUUUUGCAGGAUGUUCCGUUCUUCUUUUCAAGCAGCUUCCGUAUUUCAGUUUCAGCCUGCUGGCUGAACCCACUAUAAACCCACUAUUUUCAGCCUAUUACCUGGAAGCCUCCUAUAGUUUCAGCCUGCUGGCUGAACCCACUACAAACUCAGCUGCUGGCUGUCAGCCUUAUAUAGUGUUUGCUCUCUCAAGGUCAGCUCCUCUCAGCCAAUCAGCUGCUAGUUUUUCAGCUCCUCCAUAUGACAUGAUACCUAUUUUUUAGGUAGGAAAGCUACUCCUCUGAUGCCAUCUUGGAUUCUAGACUUUUCUAAGCUCCUCCCUCUGAUGCCAUCUUGUUUGCUAAACUUUCCACAACCUAAUUUUGAACUAAGUCAUUCCUGUCUCUCCCAUUUUGAUUAGCCUUGUUGGAUUUUCUAAAUUUAAACUAUCAUUAAUUUCUACUUAAUUAGAGCCUUAACCUUAAAACGAACUACUAUUUUAUGCAAACCAAAGUGUCCUGUUACACCAUAUAACACUGUCCUUGGGAGCCAAAAAAUCUUACUGCGUUAUAGGUACAAGUGUGUUAUAUUGAGCUUGCUUUGAUCUACCGGAGCACCCAGCCGCCCGCCCCCACCCCCCGUUCCGCUUUACAGCGUUAUAUCCGAAUUCGUGUUAUAUCAGGGUAGAGGUGUACUGCCACCACCAUAAUUAUAUCAAUUGGGAAAAGUGAAUUUUUGCAAAGUUUAAACUCCUUUUGAUCUUUUCCUGUAAGCCUCUAUUGAGAUAGUCAAGGUAUUUCAGAACAUUCAAAGCAGAAUCUCUCACUACAAUAUGAACUCAGAGGGCAAUUGAGCAAAAUGAUCUACUAUUAUAUCUUUAAUUUUGCUCUGCUCAGUUUCUCCUGUGCAGAAAUCAGUGACAUGCAUGAAGCAGUGGAAAACAUGUAAAGUCUUUAUCUCCACAUUUGGACUUCCAGAAUUCAGUUUUCUUGAUAAAAGCAUUCACUUUGUCAUAGAGAUUCAGAAUGUUGGUUUCACAGCCUAGCAUGGACAAAUUUAGAUAAUUCAGAUUGCUAAGUGUUUCUGGGAGGUAGGCAAGUUGGGGUAACCACAUAGUAUUCUUAAAGCUUCAACUAUUUCUACAAAAGCACACAAUGCUUCAUAUGCUAUCUCCCUUCUUAUAGCAAAAUCAAAGAAGCUGUCCACUAUUGCAGAAGAUCUGAUUCUGCCUGGCACUGUGGCGCUUGCAGAAAACAUGCUUGAUAAAAAAAGCAGUUGAUACUGUCAGGAAAGUACCCUUCUCAAAUAACACUGUGUGUCGUAGAAUUGAAGAAAUGGCUGAGGAAAUGAGGGAAUGAAUGAUCAGAAGGAAACGCGUGAACUUGUGUAAUGCAGACAGUCUGUCAAGUACUUUCCAUCAUGAAAGCCAGUGAACCUCUGUGUGAAGCAACAGUAGCUGCUGAUCUGACUCCAUCUCUACGCAAACAAUGCAAAACAGGUGAGCAUUGAGGGGCCUAGACUUGAUAAAGUGACAAUUUUGACACAUUUGAAACUUCAUGCAGUUAAGAACUCAUCUUAUUUGAAGCAAGUACCUCUCUGUGUAUGAUACAGUGCACCCACUGCAUGGAAAGAUUUUCUUUCCUGAUCCUAGCUACAAGUCCGUUCACUAUCUUGGUCAUUGCAGUGGCCCUCUCAGUGCAGAUGACUUUGCAUGAAUUCCAACUCAAAUUGUGUUCAGAAGAAAAAGUCAGUUUAAAAAUGUCUUCUCCGACUGAGUUUGCCUUUAAACUUUUGCAAAACAGUAUGUGCUUGUUGAUAGUAGUUUCCGUGUAUCGAACAUAAGUAAUCAGCUGAGCUUCUCCACUAAUAUCCGUGAUUCAUCAAGCUGAAGGGCAAAUAUUUUUGCCAUUUUAAGUUUCUCUACAAGUUGAGAAAAAAUUUCCUCAGCCAUUUCUUCAAUUCUGCGACACACAGUAACAUUUGAUAAGGGUUCUUUCUUGAGUGUAUCAACUGCUUUUUUAACAAGCGCCACAGCAGCAGGCAGAAUCAGAUCUUUUGCAAUAGUGUACAACUUCUUUGAUUUGCUAUAAGAAAGGAGACAGCAUGUGAGGCUUCGUGUGCUUUUGCAGAAAUAGUUUAAGCUUUUUUCAUUUUAAGCUGACAAAUCUGGAACUCAGAAACCUUUCUUUGAAAAAGUUCUACCAGUUUACACGCAUGCACAGGAUGUUUUGUCUUCAAAUGUUGUUGUAAAUAUGCCAGGUUCAUACUGCUGUUUAAUAGACUUCUCCAAAAAGGAAACACUAAGUUUGAGGUGGAUCGCUGUUUGUAGAUGUGAAUCCAAAAGCAACAUAUUCCUCGCAGAACUGAUGGAGUUUUUGCAGUCAUCUUCAAUUUCUUACAAAUUUCAUUGUCACCACUACCACCGCUUCCAGCAUCUUGUUUUAAAAAUCUGUCCGUUUUUACAUUGGAACUGCAUACAUACCAUGAAAACUUCAACCUCAUUAAUGUGCUUGCAUGCAUCAGUAAAUGACAUAAAACGCAUGUUUAAUACAGUGUGUAUGUGCACGUUACUGCAUAGUAUAAUAUAGUAUAUAGAGCAGUAUAAACUAGUCGUACGAAAUUUUAAUUUGUACUGACUUUGCUAGUGCUUUCUAUGUAGCCUGUUGUAAAACUAGCAAAUAUGUAGAUGAGUUGACAUACCCCCAGGAAGACCUCUUCGUACCCCUGGUUGAGAACCACUGGGCUAGAAGAUACACAAGUUAGGCUGACCUGCAUAAUAUACAAGUAAUGAUGAGAUGCUGUGAAUGCAUUAAGCUUGAAAAAAUGAAAAUAUUUCUCAUAGCAUGUACUAUAUUGUUAAUAGUAUUUUGGGAGUUUCAAAUUAUAACAUUUCCUAUUGUCCAGAAAUCACUUUUGUGUUUUUCAUCUUCUGAGUAUUAAGCACUUGCUCACUUUUUCCUGGACACUGGAAAAGUAAAGUAGCUAAACUUUAUGCUGACUACCCAUAACACCACAAUGGGUAUGUGUGAGUGAGUUAGAGAUGUUGCUAAAUUUGUAAGGUACAUGAAUAUAUUAGUUUACUUUUAUCUUCAUAAUAGUAAAAUAUCUGGGAGGUGAAUGUGUGCAUGCGUGGAUGGUAAAACAAAAAAUGUUAAUGUGCACAAUCAUAUUACUGAUGUACCAAGACUUAAUCAAAAGGAAGUAUUCCUUACUAUGAGAUAUAUUGAAAACCGGCACAUAUAUCUCUACCUGGAUGGUGGUGAUUAUUAAUAAAUGUAUAUUUUUUAAAAUAUACAUUUGCUCACUCUAAAAAUUAUUCUGUAUCUGUAACUUCUAUCUAUAUUAAGCAGUUCAUGAUGUACCAUAAAAUUGUGUAUAUGUAUAGAGUUAUCGAGGAAAUAUUGGGUUCAUCCUGUGAAUGAUAACGUUUUGCUAGAAUGCAAUCAGAAUGUCAUGAACCACAAAUUACUCCAUGGCAGGAUGGAAAAAAAAUUGAUGCUUUCUUUUAAAAGAUCAAAAAGAAAAAAAAUGGAUUUUUUAAGUUAAAUUAAAUGCAGGUUUAUUUUUAAAAUAUCUGUUUAAAUUUGAAAUAGACCUUAGCAUAGGUCAUCAAACUUAUUAUCUAUUAAAAUAAUUUAAAUUAAAUAAAAAAAAUAAGCGGUUCAUGUUUGCUGCCAACUUUUAAAGAAAAUCAAACCACUGAACUGGUGGUAAUCACUGGCAAAGCACCUGGAACCAAAGUCUGUUUAAGGGCUAACACAGCAGUUUUGACAGGAGUAGCCUCUUCUGCAGGUGCAGAAACAAUAUUUUAUUUGUUUAUUCAACUAGUUCAGUUCAGUUACUAGUUCAUUCAUAAUUAGAAACCAAUUGAGAGUUGAAAACCAGGAAAGGUUGUUUUCUUCUUCCAACCUAGGAAUAAAGACUAGGUGUCACGAUGAGAUCUACUAGUUCUAAAAUCUUGACAAACAAAGUGACCAGAAACUAUCAGUUCAAUUCCAAUUUUAAAUGCAAAACAUACUUUGAUAAAACCUUUUUCUUAAGCGUGUAGCACAUUUGAUGUAGUUUUAUUUAAUGUUUAAAAAAUUUUGGUUUUGUGCAUCUUUAAUUAAAUACAUCUUGAAACAAAUCGCAAGUAAAAUAAUCUAGUAAAUAAGAAAUGCAUCAUUCACCAUUUUCUAACAUAAAAAAUGUAAAAAUUAAGAAUCUGAACAAAUGUAUGUUAAGCUAUAUAAUUGCUUAAAUAUGCAUAUAUAUUAUGUAUCCUCCUGGUUAGCAAAACACACGCCAGUUUAGUGUAAAGGCUAUAUUUAGUUGCAAAUCAACAUGUUUUAAUGGUUACCAAUCAAUAAGAAUCAAUCUUUAGGGAAAAUAACUAAAACGUACACAUGCAAAAUACAAUUAAAAUAGAUUAUUUAAAUAAAGGUUUCCUGAUUGCUGAUUUCAAUUGCUUUGAUAUAAAUUAAUCCACCCUGUUUCAUAGAUGGACUAAUUUAAGUAAACACCAAAUAAACUUUAAUGCAAAUA